AUGGCAACAUCCGACGGCAACGAAAGUGCAACCACCGACGAGAAGCAAGAUCAGUAUCAACGAGGUCUCGACGAUGCCCCGGAAGCAGGGGAGCUCGAAGCGGCACCCCUACCUGACGCCGCCCCACGCAACAUCAGCGGAUGGAAGUGGUGGCUGACCAUGAUUGCCAUUCUGACUUCAACAUUCCUAUACGCCCUUGAUGCCACCGUGGUUGCCGACCUCCAACCCGUCAUCGUCGAGGAAUUCGACUCCAUCCAGGACUUGUCAUGGCUCAGUGUCGCGUUCCUGCUUACCGCAACGGCAACCAAUCUGUUUUGGGGACGCAUAUACAGCAACUUCAACGCCAAGUGGUUCUACAUCUUCACCGUGCUCGUCUUCGAGAUCGGCUCGGCAAUCUGUGGCGCAGCGCCAUCCAUGAAGGUCAUGAUCGUGGGACGCGCCAUCGCCGGCGCGGGCGGCUCGGGCCUUUACGUCGGAUGCAUGACCCUCAUCGCCAUGACCACCACCAUGGCCGAGCGCCCCGUGUACGUCUCCUACACCAUCUUGACCUGGGGCAUCGGCAUCAUCCUGGGUCCCGUGAUUGGAGGCGCCUUCUCCGAGUCCGCAGUUGGUUGGCGAUGGGCAUUCUACAUCAACCUCUUCAUCGGCGCUGCCUGCGCUCCCGUCUACCUGCUUCUCAUCCCCAAUAAGGACCCCCGUCCAGGUGCAACAAUCAAACAGCGGGCCGUCGAGAUGGAUUACCCUGGAACGGUGCUGCAGUGCGGGGCGCUGACGGCUUUCAUCCUAGCCGUUAAUCUUGGCGGCGUUACCUUUCCGUGGGAUUCCGGACGUAUUAUCGCGCUGUUUGUCGUGUCUGGCGUACUUUUCAUCAUGCUGGGCGUUCAGCAAGUCUGGAAUAUCUUCACCACGCAAGCUCGGCGCAUCAUUCCCGUUCAGUUCUUCAGGUCGCGCACAGUACUCAUUCUCUUCGCCGCAUCAGCCGCGAGCGGAUCAUGUACUUUCUUCACGCGCAACGAUACCCCUCUCGAUGCUGGUGUGCGGCUACUACCCUUUAUUAUUGCCCUGGUGGUCUUCGUCUUCCUCAACGGAACCCUGAUGGGGAGACUCGGCUACUACAUGCCAUGGUACCUAGUGGGAGGUUUGCUCACCGUGGCGGGCUCUGCUCUCAUGUACACAAUCGACCACGACGACUCCGCGAGCCGCGUCUACGGUUACACGGUGCUGAUGGGAGCGGGAGUUGGCAUGUUCCUGCAGGCAUCGUUUUCAGUCGCACAGGCCGUCGUUGAACCGGAAAACAUCCCGCCGGCCAUUGCCUUCAUCACACUAGCCCAAUUCAUUGGUAUUACCUUGGGCCUAGCCAUCGGGAACGCCAUUCUACUCAAUGCCAGUCAGACCACGAUCCAGCAGAUUCUGCCCACAACGCCUCUGGCGGACAUUCAGGCCGCCAUCUCGGGCGCACGCUCAGGGCUGGUGCAGAGUCUCUCCCCGGAACUCAGGGGCCGUGUGCUUGCCGCCAUUGUCGACGCUAUCGACAAGACGUACAUCCUUGUCAUCACCGGUGGCGCCCUUGUCACCGUGUUAAGCCUAGGAAUGCGAUUCCACAAACUGUUUGGCGCGACUCCUGCUGCUUGAAAAUUUCCUUCUGUGGGUUGCUUUCCGCGCAGUGUUACGAUCUAGAGCUAGACAAUGACAUUGUGCGGAAAACCUUGUAUAUUAGGUUUUCUUCAUUCGAGAGUAGAAGUAGCACUGUAUGAUAGCAACGGUUCCCAUCCGCUUUCCCACCGUGUACUCAAUUGCUUUGGAGAUUUCUAUCGAGUCAGUCCAGGCAGAGUAGCAAAGCCAGACUUUAGUAAAGCCGAUAAUCCCAUCCCGCGCACCGAGCAGCCUCGAAACUCCCCAUCAGAUAUGAAUAUUGAAAGGAACGUGCCAUUGGGAACAUCGGGUCUCUCCUUCCCUUUGAAUACUAACGUAACAGCGAGCAUGAUUCAGAGCACUGCAGCAUCCCAAAAUCCGAACACCUGAAAAACAUACCCUACAUACA